UCCAUAUCAAGACAUGCGCCUGACCCUCCUUUGUCAACUUAUAUACCACCUAUAUAUAUCUAUCUACCUACCUAGGUAGGUACCUAAGGUAGCUACCUAUCUAGUAAAUAAAUAAAUUAAUAAAUUAUCAUCACCAACACAUCUAACAAUCGUUAUCUAAAUCUACGAUACAUCUAAAUAAGUAACAAAAAGAUGUUACACUUGUCAUCUCUCCCAGGCUAGACAACCUUGCUCCACGAACACCAACACAAAAUAAUUCGAAUAUGAGUGUUUACUAUCGACUUUCUCAAAAUGGACGAUGCAAACUUGAAUAAUAUUAUCGCCGAGCAUUCGCAAGCCGUCGAUAGCUUGGGUCACAAGAAGGUCAGGAAUAGACGUAUCAUGAAUGAUCGGCUUCAUCUCCAUCCCAGCCGUUGGUGGCUUGCGUCAGCCGCGUUUCCCAUGAUAGCGGGGACUUUGGGUCCCGUAGCUUCGGCAUUCAGUAUCUGCUCGCUUGUCAAGUAUUGGAGGCAGCAUAUUCCUCCAGGGUCCGACGUUACCGAGGCCGUCUAUGUCAAGGACCCUCCGUGGCUAACAGCGGUGAACGCUGUCCAGCUAGUCGUCGCCAUAGUCGCAAACAUGUUUCUCCUCCUGAACAUGACGAAAAGGGUGCGGUUCUCCAUCGCCCAGCCUAUCACGAUAGCAGGUUGGUAUAUCUCGGCAAUCUGUCUCGUUUCUCUAUGCGCUACGGCGUCUGGGCCCUUGGUCUUGCAGCCCAAGAUUGAAUAUGUUUGGUCUCAAGCUUUCUAUUACGGCUUAUUCGCAGCCGUCCUCUACUUCAUUGUCGCGUCUCUUAUGGUCGUCACCGUCUGGGGUGCUGAGACCGGCCACUACGGCAAAGAUUUCGCGCUGACGAUCAGUCAGAGGACGUUAAUGCUUCAGACUAUUGUCUUCCUAAUAUACCUUCUUCUAGGCGCUUUCGUCUUCUCCAAGAUCGAGGGUUGGGAUUACCUUAAUGCCGUAUAUUGGGCAGAUAUGACUCUCUUCGCCGUAGGCUUUGGUGAUAUAUCCCCCCAGACCAGUCUUGCUCGCGGUCUUGUCGUUCCAUACGCACUCAUCGGCCUUAUCACUGUCGGUCUUGUGAUCGGAUCGAUACGGAGUAUGAUUCUUGAACGCGGCAAACAUAGGCUCGACGCGCGUAUACUGGAGAAGCAACGCCGUUCAUUAGUACGACGCAUCUCGCGCAAAGGACACAGCCAUAUCCUCAAGCCGGUCAACGACGAAGCUUCCGAUGCUUCUCCUUCAAACCCUCGAAACCCUCGCUGGACAGAAUUCGACCGUCGUCGAAAGGAAUUUCAGCUAAUGCGUAAGGUUCAACGAAAAGCGUCGCAAAGAGAAAGGUGGACUGCGAUGGCCCUAUCUACCACAACUUGGCUCUUGCUCUGGCUCGUGGGUGCCAAGAUUUUCCAAAGCUGCGAAUAUCCCUACCAAGGGUGGUCGUACUUUGACGGGUUCUAUUUCUCAUUCACGGCUCUGACAACCAUCGGGUACGGUGAUCUCACCCCGGUAUCGAACCCGGCCAAGGCCUUCUUUGUAUUUUGGUCCCUGCUCGCCUUGCCCACCACGACUUUUCUCAUAUCAGACGCGGGGGACACAAUUGUGAAGGGCAUUGAAGACGGCACGCUUCUCGUCGGAAGUAUCACAAUCUUGCCCGGAGACUCCGGCUUUAGGACGGGGAUAAAGCAGCUAUUAUCGAAGCUGUCCUGCGGCGUGUUGUUCCCGGACGAAGAUGCUGAAGAAUCUCCCCCGGGCUUUCUAGGCGCGGCCAGUGAGCAUCAUACAAACGACAAGAGCGACGAUGAGGAGAAGGGCACAAAGGCGUCUAGUUCGACCGACGUCAACGACGCAGAAAGUAAUCUUCGAGCCGAAAAGGACGCCGAGAACGGGGAGGCACGAACAUUAACAUCGUCGCCAUCACCGCCGACAAAAUCCAUUUCAACAACCAACGGAGAAGACCCCUCAUCCAAGUCUCCGCCCGCCCGAGAAUCGAAGGCGAAGAUGAAUUCAUCCCCCGGACGCUCCCCCUCCGUGACCCGCGAAGGCUUUCCCACCGAACUCCCCAAGUCCCGCGCCGAGUAUCACCUCAUCCUGAUCGACGAGAUCAUCCGCGUGACUCAGCACCUGCGGCACGAACCGCAGCGCAAGUACACGUAUAAGGAGUGGUAAGGUUUUUUUUUUCUUUUUUGGUGCUGGUGGUUGUGAAAGCUGUGGUGGUUCUAAUUUCGUCUGGUACUAAUUCAAAUCUAAAGGGUCUGGUACCUCCGACUCAUCGGCGAAGACGAGAGCAGCGCCAAGAACCACCUCCCACCGGAGCACCAUCCACCGGAAGAACCGCGUCGCGAGAGAGCCGCGAACCGGUUGUGCGGGGCCCCCGCGACAUCUGUGAACGCGGGAGAUAACGAUCCGUCAAGGGAGGGCGGGGGAAGUAGUAACGAUAACGGUAGCGGUGGCGGCGGG